CUUGUCGAGUGAGCGAUGAUCCUCCGUUUUCAAAUACUGGCAUAGACUUCGCGGGCCCUCUGUUCGUGAAAGACGAGUAUAAACAAAAGACCUAUAUUUGCCUAUAUACAUGUGCCUCAACCAGGGCUAUUCAUCUGGAACUCACCGAAGACCUGUCUGUAGAAUCAUUCCUAUUAUCGUUUCGUCGUUUCACAUCACGCCGAGGUUUACCAGCACGUUUAUUAUCUGACAAUGCAAAAACAUUCAAAGCGGCAGCGAAAGAGGUGAAAUUGAUUACAAGAUCGAAUGAAGUACAACGAUAUAUGUCGACGAAAGGAGUUACAUGGCAGUUUAUAAUCGAAAAAGCUCCAUGGCAAGGAGGAUUUUGGGAAAGGAUGAUCCAAAGUACCAAACGUUGUCUGAAGAAAAACCUUGGUCGCACAUCGCUAACUUUCGAGGAAUUGAGAACGGUUUUGGUGGAGAUCGAAGCAACGCUCAACAAUAGACCACUCACAUAUAUGUACGACGACGACGAAGGAAUAUCUUAUCCGCUAACUCCAUCUCAACUCAUUUACGGACGGCAGAUUAAUACCUCUCCGAAUGAUAAGCAAUUUGAAAUUGUCAGCACCCAAGAGGCAUUGACCAAGAAAGCGAAAUAUCAGAAAAGACUACUCGGACAGUUUAUAAAGCGUUGGAAAAAUGAAUAUCUCUUAAGUAUAAGAGAAGGAUCACGUGCUAUCCAUGGAAAAGAACGAGCAACAAUUGCAGUCGGAGAUAUUGUGAUUUUAAAGGAAGAUGGAACGCCACGUAUAUUUUGGAAAUUGGCCAAGAUAAAAGAUUUAAUACAAAGCGCUGAUGGAAUAAUACGAGCUGCAAGAAUUCAACUUGUACGUGGUGAUAAAGUAAAGACAACGGAGCUACGUAGGCCCAUACAACAUCUCAUUCCAUUGGAAUUGCAUAUGGAACCCGAAUUACCUAGCCCAACUGACGAAGAAGUUUCUACUGCGUCACCACCAGCUAUCGAGACAACGACGAAAGGUCGACCGAGACGAACAGCUGCAGUUAUUGGAGAACUUUUACGUAAAGGACAAUAACGGACUGAACAUUGAUAAUUAUAGUAAAGUAUAUGUUAUGGUUAAUAUUAAUAUUAAUCUUUCAAUUGAUCAUCAUAGCUGAUCAACCCGGCCAGUGUGAUAAACAUUUAAAUUUAAUUUAAUUUAUGUUGACUUAAUUUAUGCCAACCAAUAGCAGAACUGUUGCUAUAGAGACAAAGGUCAUACGAUUUAUAGCUCGAACACGAUACGACUCGCAAGCUCGAACACGAUACGAUUUAUAGUUUUUUGUAUAGAGUUUUACGUUCAUAUUUUAUACCAAAUGUUCAAGAAAUUAUAGAAAUAAAUACGAUAUUCAAUACAGGAGUAUAAAUAUAAGCAACUCCGUGUGUUCGUCAGAUUCAAAAACACUUCUCAAAGUAUGAUUACAAUUUUUUUUUCUUCAGGUAUCCAAAGAACAAGGUAUUCCUAAAGAAGGAAUUUCUGUUGAUAUUUCUGCAUUAAGAUGUAUCCUUUUAUCUGAAUGUGUUCCCAUGCAUGCAUCCUAUUAAUUAACAUGCAUCCGAUUAAAAAGAAUGGAAAAUAAUGGUGAUCAGACUUUAUAGUGUAAAAGUUGUGAUGGUUGUUUAAUUUCUUUCAUUUGCAAUUUGUUCAGCAGAUCGAUGAUACUAGAGAAACAGUGCAAUUUUUCUUGAAUGCUGUGAAAUCAAUACAUCAAAAUGAUCGUGCUUGUCAUCCCAUCGUAGCAUUGAAGUACAAAUUCAAUAUUCCUGAUAUACUACAAACACUUUGCAAAGAAUCAUCGUGCAAAAAUGUUAACAAUCGGAAUCUGAUAAUAUGGUCACAAUUAAAUUUUGGAAAAAUGUCGAAAAUGCCAUACAUUUGGUGAUAACUGUACUUAACUGUACCGGUUUACAAUGCUAAUUUCAAAAACUACUAAUGGGUGGGUAUAAUGUCUCUGUCAGUUACACGUUAAAUUUACAUUUAAAUUGGUUGAAUUUUGAGUUAGAUAUGACUAUUUUUUGUAACAGCCAAAAAAAAAGUGUGUUCUAAAACGUUUGACUAGUACUCAACAUCGCAAGCUACUUCACUUCUCACAUUCCUAACUUUCUCGCCUCCCUUUUCGCCUUAACCCCUCACGCACAAGAGAAAACGGACUUUGGGAAAGUCUAGUGGGCCGUUAAUAUGUAUUUUCCUUGACAUCGAUUGAGACAUUGUUGAUCCAUAUAACGAGUGUACAAGUAACGAGGACGAGAGCCCAGAAAAAAAUUUAAAUGAUGCUAUUUCAAAAUAUCGUCAGUUGUCUGCAAAAUGGAGUGGCCUGACUGGCACGAAUCACGUCCCCAGGUAAGAUUUUCAUAUAGUUAUUACAGCUGGUUACAGAUUCGAACGACUAGUUAAAACAUGAGCAGCCAAUCUUUAUCUGUUAUACAAACUCGAGCCGAAAAACGACCCAUCUUAUGAGUUCAUUGGCGAAGUAAUUUUAAAAAUAAACAUUGUAUAAGCCGAGAAAAUCAAAGCUGAAGUUUAUGUAAAUCAGGACAAAUCUUUAUCCGAUUUACAAACAUUGAUUAAACAUUCAGUUCUUUUGUUUUUCCUCAUGAAUUAUUAAUGAGUUUUUUUAAGAGAAUAGUAUUUGUUUUCAUAAUCAGUAGAAAGUUCCGAACCUCCGGCCCUGCGAUUCUGGUGCAGCGCUCUAACCAAUUGAGCUACAUGCAAGAGAGAUAGUAGUCGAGCUUUAACCACCAGUUCAUGUAUAAAUACGGAGGUGAUGCCAAUGUACGGUAUAUGGGUAAAUAUCAGGUUUUGGGUAUCUCACUGAUAGUUGCAUUUUUCGCAACAGCUCCUGGUUAGGUGUAAUAAAUGUAUACAGUGGUGCCUAAAUUACUUCGAAUUUGUACUCAAGUAAAAGUAGAAGUAAUUGACAAUAAAACGACUUGAGUAAGAGUAAAACUAAAGUACUGGAGGCAAAAUGUACUUAAGUAAAAAGUACAAAGUAUCCUUAAAAAAUACUUGAAGUACAAAGUAAAAGUAAAAGUACUGUUGUCUGUAGCGUGUAGGGGGGAUUCUCUAUUGAUGGAUUGAGAUAAAAAAAAAAAUAAACACAAAGCAGCACACGCAUUAUAAAUAUACAAUAUUUCACGGCAUGGUCUACUUUCCAGACCCCGUUGGAGAUAAAAGAAAUCCAUUAAAUAAAUGUAAUACUUAUAAGUAAGCCACAAACGAGAGAUCCCAGACCCAUGUAGAGGUCCUAUUACCUAUCCAAAAAUUAAAAUAAAUCACGUAAAAUUGAACAAAAGUUAGAAAGUAAAUAACGAAGUAAAACGUUACUUCUUAAAACGACUUCGUUCCAAGUAAAAGUACUCCAGAAAAAGUUUACUUUGUUGCAUGUUGACUUCUCAAAAAUAGUACUCAAGUGCAGUAACGAAGUACAUUUACGUCACUUGACACCACUGAAUGUAUAAAAAUUCCACUCGAGAUUUCCAUCUAUACAAUUCCCUUCAACAAUUAGUUAUAUUUAUCGGCCCUUUGGCAAGAAGCGAGACUCCGGCCCUGCAAUUCCGGUGCAGCGCCUCUAACCAACUGAGCUACAGAGUCCAGUUGUCGAGCUUUAACUGGCAAGUUCAUGUAUAAAUACUAAGGUUUAUAUUAAGGGGAAAUUAUAUGUUGUUCUUUAGUGUCGGAGAAUGGCAGAAAUUGAUGAAAGAAAGUUCCGCCUUCAUAUUUUAUGGCACUCAGAAAUGUCUCAAUUAUGUUCCUCCUUCGCUGCUUGUCUCGUUCCCAUUACAAGGUAAAAAUAGGUACACUAUGCGUACAUGUAUGCUGCAUCAAGUUACUACUCUUCGUUAUUGUUGUCGUUCUAUAUGAUUUAUUUAGAUUUAUUGAUACUAUACCUGUCACGUUUUAGGGGGAGUUACUAUUUUUAGACUUUGUAAUUUUGAAUUCUUUUGUAUUUUAAACUUAACCCUAAUCCUAACCCUUACUUUAAUCCUAAACCUAAACCUAAUCCAAACCCUAAUUCUAACCCUAAAGUCUAAAAAUAGUAAUUCCCCCUAAAACGUGAAUCAUGUGGGUUUUCUUUCUCAAGAGUGCAACAUCAUGCUAAUUCUGGACCAUGUUGAGACAAACGAAAGCUUUCUACGACAGGCUACUUUAGACGCCUCUAAAACGUAAGUUGAGCUUAUUUGUAAAUAUUUCAAAACAUAGGAUUUAGUCAAAAGCAUGCAGACCUAGAAAAGUCUUCUUCACAUGUUCCUCAAAAGUGCAUAAAAACAAUGGAAAAUUUGACCGUAUAAUACAGCUAGCAGUAUGCAUGCUAUGCAGUAACAAAGAAUACUUAACUGUGUGCAUGUUAAGUAUGAUUUAUUCUUACGAUUUUUCGAUAAAGAAUGUGUGAAAAAUUUAGUUAAAUAGUUUUGUUUCCCAUCGAAUCUUAAUGUUUCCCUCGACUUGGUCUCGAAACGUUGAGACUCUCUGGAGCAGUGGCGGAAAUUCACUUUUUCCGGGGGGGGAGGCGAAGCCUUCUAAAUUUCCGACAAAACUUUCAAAUUUCCGACAACCCUCCUCCCCAUUUGCACUCGAAAAGGUAGGGGGGACGGCCGCCCCCCCCCCACCCCACCCCACCAAGAUUUCCGCCACUGCUCUGGAGCAGACAUUAAGUGUAUUUUGAGACGCUCUGAAGUUGACCACCAACACCUGUAAUCUACAUCAAGUGUCGUGUACUACUGACAUCAUUCAAUUUUUUGUGUUCAGCUGCAAUGAGUUGACUUUUGAGUUCCCGUUUGAAUCAGCGGCUAUCCUGUCACUUACUGGUGUUAACAGCAUCAUUGCCAAUCAGUGGAAUUGUAAACUCAGAGACAACAGGGAGAAGUUUACUAAAAUCCUUGAAGGUAAUUUGGAUUUUUUAUUUGUAAUUUGGAUCUUAUUGGAUCUUAAUAAUUUAUGAUUGUACUAUAUUCAUGAUUGAACUAUAUUCUUCUUAAAUUCAUUAAUAAUUCAUGAGUAAUUAAACCAACAGCAUGUAAGCAUUCCGUCACAAGAUGCUGUUUGGAUACCGCGGUCAAACACCGUCAGACACAGCACCACAAGAGUUUAACUGUAUACGUAAUUAAGAUAUUUGAUGAAAGUCACUAGUGUUUUCAUCAAAUAUCUUAAUUACGCAUACAAAAUUACUUGAAUAGAAUUCCUAAUUUCGUUAUGCUUGGUUAAGAAUUCUAUUCAAAUCAGCAAACGAAAACAUUCUGUUACGUCUCGAUUCAUUUGAGAAGCCAUAUAAACAACCCGAGCUCGUGUCUCACCGGGAUAUCCAAAACUUGAAAACAAUGUAUGAAAACACUCGCGCUCGUGUUUUCAUACAUUGUUUUCUCGUGUUUGGAUAUCCCGGUGAAACACUCGCUCUCGUUGUUCAUAUAUUACUUCUAUGAUUGUAUUGAUUGUACCAUCCAUGAUUGUGCUAUAUUCUUGCUGAUUAUUUGGUGAAAAUAUUCGGUGAAAUCAUUACAACUCUUGUUUGACUGGCGAAAAUUUUUUUUUUCUUUUUUUGUGGAAAAUACUCACGACACGUUGUUAAAUGAACCAUAGGCGCAGUAAUAUCAACUAAACUAGUUGGUUGUACCAUAUUGUUUUCUUUCAGCCGCGAUAGACAACAGCAAGAACAUUGGGAAUGCGUUACGUUCGUCCGUUCAUCCUAAACCCGAGAGCAAUACAGAUCAAGAUAUUUCACCUGGGGAUAUCACUACAGAAGUUUCAUCAACACAAUCAAAUGUUAUUGUUUUGGAUAACACAGUGUUAUAUGGUUUACCGUAUUUCAUGCUCAACCCCUUGAAAACUUAAAUGUUUUUAUAUGUAUAUGUUUAUUACUCGUCAUUGUUUAUAAAUAUAUUUAUUCACAGUAGCACGGGUAUCCUUUUAAAAUAAUGUAAAUUAUUUGAAUUUGUAAAUUAUUUGAUUUUGUAAAUUAUAUUGAAAACGUG